GCCAUAAGCUUGAUGCAACUAUUCUGCUCUACAAUAUUUUUACAUCACAAAGGACUGGUUUGUCACUGAAUCUAAUUUUCUUUAAAAAAAAUUUGUUCCAAGAUUCAAACUUGUUACUGAUUCUAUUUUUUUUAUUCACUUUGAAUCUUUGUUUUUUAAGAGUGUCAAUACCUUUGGGGCUGGAAAAGAAAAUCCAUGCAUGGUGAUUGAUAUAGACCACUGCAUGUAUGCAUGCAUGUAGAAACGAAGCUUUCUGGCUUUUCUUUUUACCCCAUCUUUGAUAAUUCUGUAGCGCUAAGCGAAAUUUCCAUCUCUCAUCUUCUCAACAAUUUUCUUGUUGUGCACAUUUACUAUGCGAGGCCCACCAGACCAUAUCCGGUGCAGAAAUUUCUCAUGUUUGGAAGCGGGGAAACUGCCAGGAAUUAAAGAUUUGGAGAUGGCAGUUGAUCGCUUUCUUCGGUCUGUGGCUGUUAUUGACACUCCUGAUUGAAGUGAUGUUCACUCCCUUCUGGGUACUACUCUGAUGAUGGCGCAGAGGUGCCCUUGAAUCUCCAGGAUACCCUUAACUUUUUAGGGCACCAUUGCUGUUCAUAAUCCCUCAACUCUACUCUCUCCAUCAAAGACUAUUUGGGUGUUUGUAAAAAUGUUCUUUUGAGGUCAGGUUCACACACUUUGCAAUGUGGGUUAAUUAGCUUUCUGAUGAGGCGCGGAGAUGCCCUUAAAUCUGUAGGAUACCCCUAAGUUUUUAGGGCAGCAUUGCUGAUUAUAAUCCCACUACUCUUAAAAAUGUGCUUUUGAGCUCAGGUUUACAGACUUUGCAAUCUUGGAUUAUGUAACAGAUCUUGGGUUAUUAGUUUUCUGAUGAUGGCGCAGAGGUGCCCUUGAAUCUUUAGGAUACCCUUAAGUUUUUAGGCACCAUUGCUGAUCAUAAUCCCUCUACUCUUACUCCGUCUUUCAAAUACCAUGUGGGUGUUUGUAAAAAUGUGCUUUUGAGCUCAGGUUUAGAGACUUUGCAAGCUUGGCUUAUCUAACAGAUAGGGUUAUAAUUAGUUUCAAGCGUAAAUUAUGAAGUGUUCUCUGCUGGUUCCACUGCUCCUUUUGACAUGGGUCUUCCUCAGUGGUCAUGUGUGUUGCCAGACACCUGCUGUUGUGAAUGUUGGUGUGGUUUUUGCUUUUAAUUCAGUAAUUGGUAGAGCUGCAAGGGCAGCCAUGGAUGCCGCUGUCUAUGAUAUUAAUCAUGAUCAAAGCAUUCUCAAUGGGACCGAACUGAGAUUAGUCAUGGAGGAUGCAAAAUGCAAUCCCUUCUUGGGGUCCAUUAAAGCUUUUCAACUGCUUGAGAAGGAAGUAGUGACCGUGAUUGGCCCCCAGUCCUCCACAAUAGCUCAUAUUACUGCAGAAAUUGCUAACGGUCUCCAAGUGCCUUUUGUCUCAUAUGCUGCCACUGACCCUACACUCUCUGCUUUGCAGUUCCCUUUCUUUCUCCGAACCACACACAGUGACUCUUACCAAAUGGCUGCAAUGGCUGAUUUGGUUUACUUUUAUGGGUGGAGAGAGAUCAUUGCUAUCUUUGUGGACAAUGAAUAUGGAAGGAAUGGAAUAUUGGCUUUAGAUGAUGAGCUUCAGAAGAAGAUGUCAAAAAUAUCUUAUAAAUUGCCCUUACCUACCGGAUUUAAUCUCAGCACUAUAACUAGUUUGCUCAAUAAAUCCAAAUUGCUUGGACCUCGUGUUUAUGUCGUUCAUGUGAAUCCUGACUCAGGUCUUAGGAUUUUUACUAUUGCUCAGAAACUUAAGAUGAUGACCAGAAACUAUGUGUGGCUUGUGACCGAUUGGCUUUGUACCACUUUAGACUCAUUCUCCCCAGCAAGUCAAACUUCGCUCAACUUUCUCCAAGGGGUAGUGGGGAUUCGUCAAUAUAUUCCACCAUCCAUCCAGAAGAAGGCUUUUCUGUCUCGGUGGAGAAAAAUGCAGCAAAAAGGGUUAGCCCAUUCUGGGCUGAAUACCUAUGGAUUUCAUGCUUAUGAUACAGUGUGGGCAACUGCACAUUCAAUUGAUAAAUUUUUAAAAGAAAACGGCAGUAUUAAUUUUUCUUUUGCCCACCAAUUUCACGAUCUAAACCUCAGGAAGUUUAAAGUAUUUGAUGGUGGAGAUCUUUUGCGCAGGACAUUAUUGCAGACAAAUUUCUCUGGUUUAACAGGUCAUAUUCAAUUUAAUCCAGAUCGGAAUCUCAUGAGUGCUGGCUAUGAAAUCAUUAAUAUUAACCAGAUGGCAAUUCACAGGGUAGGCUACUGGUCUAACUAUUCAGGUCUUUCAGUUUUUCCCCCAAAAACUCAUCAAGAGGAACAAGAUAGCUAUGCCCGUCGCAAUCAGCAGCUUCAAAAUGUCACUUGGCCUGGAAAAAUGACAGAAAAGCCACGUGGGUGGGUGAUUGCUGACAAUGAAAGGCCACUGCGAAUUGGAGUGCCAAACAGAUUCAGUUUUGUUGAAUUUGUAAUGUCGGAUUCACACAAUGUCCAUGAAAUUAGAGGAUACUGUAUUGAUUUGUUUAAGGAAGCACGAAAACUAGUCCCAUAUGAUCUUCCUUACAGAUUCGAGCUGUUCGGGGAUGGUAGGUCCAACCCCAAUUAUGAUGAGCUCGUGAGAAUGGUUGCAGAUAAUGUGUUUGAUGCUGCUGUUGGAGACAUUGCAAUUGUGCCACACCGAACUAAGAUUGUUGAUUUUUCUCAGCCUUAUAUUGCUGCUGGACUUGUCAUUGUUGCUCCAAUUGGAAACUCAACAUCAAGUGCUUGGGUAUUUCUCAAACCAUUUACAGUGGAGAUGUGGUGCGUCACUGCAGCUUCCUUUGUGAUGAUUGCAGUGGUUAUUUGGAUUCUUGAGCAUCGUGUCAAUGAAGAUUUUCGAGGCCCCCCUAGAAAGCAGCUGAUAACGAUGUUCUUGUUCAGCUUCUCAACACUGUUUAAUACAAACCAAGAAGAUACUGUAAGCACACUAGGGCGGAUGGUAAUGGUGGUGUGGCUUUUCCUGUUGAUGGUGAUCACAUCAAGCUACACAGCUAGCUUGACUUCAAUCCUUACAGUCCAACAGCUGUCAUCAUCCAUAACGGGAAUUGACAGUUUGAUUGCAAGUAACUUGCCUAUUGGAUUCCAAAGGGGUUCAUUUGCAUAUAGCUACUUGACGGAAAAUCUUAACAUACAUCGGUCGAGGCUUGUUUCUCUAGGAUCCCCAGGAGAUUAUGAAAGAGCAUUGAGGAAGGGGCCAAGAGAUGGAGGGGUGGUGGCUAUUGUUGAUGAGCUUCCUUAUGUGGAGUUAUUUUUGUCAAAUCAAACUGAUUUUGGGAUUGUUGGGCAAUCAUUCACCAAGAGCGAAUGGGGAUUCGCUUUUCAAAGAGACUCUCCACUUGCCAUUGACAUGUCUACAGCAAUCUUGAAACUUUCUGAGAGUGGAAGACUUCAAAAGAUCCAUGAGAAGUGGUUUUGUAAGAUGGGUUGUCCUGGGGCAAGGAGAGAAGAUUCUGAGCCUAAUAAACUUCACCUGAGCAGCUUCUGGGGUCUAUAUCUUUUGUGCGGAGUUACUACAAUCACUGCUUUUCUUGUGUUCCUAUUACGAGCGGUCUGCCAAUUUGUACGGUACAAACGGAAGCAGAGGGACCUUUCUGGUCCACCAUCUGGAUCAACAAGUACCCACUAUUCUCAAAUCAUUUUUAACUUUUUUAAUUUCAUUGAUGAGAAGGAAGAUGCCAUCAAGAAGUAUUUUACCCAGUGUGACAAUUCUCAACCCCAAGUAAAUUGACCAAUGCAGCAUGCGUGCUGAUUGGAAUUCUCCUAGUAGUGUAAUUUGAUGAUUUUGGUGUUGGACACAGAUCCUGUUUAGAUUUUGAUUUUUUGUUAUAGCAUGUAAAUAUUUCUAUUUCUAAUAAAACUAUGUUGUAAGGUGUAGUAA